AUGCGCUUAACGUGUAUUUUGUUGCUCGUAUGUGGAUUGGGGUUGGCUCAAGCAGCUACCUGGCGUCAAACACAGGAUUAUGUUAAUAGCGAUGAGAGCGCCAGUGAUAACACUAGUCCUAGUUGGUCCCAUCGUCACUCGUCCAUGUGGCCCUGCGAUGUUGCCGAUCAUCCUGAAGCGUAUGUGCUCAUACAUAAGGUCGAGAAACGUCUGCAGCGCAUUGACAACGAACAAGUAAAACGUAUCGUAGUGGACUAUGUUGUUGGUCAGCUGAGGGAAUGCAAAAUAAACAAUGGAAUGGAUGAACAUUGUGCGAAGCGUGCCAUUGGCCAUGCCAUGUCCUUUAUUAGCCGCCAACAACGCCAAGCUCAACUGUUGUAA